CCCAUCGAUGGACUUGUAGUUCUUAUAGGCCUGCAAAACAAACCGCAAAAAUCAACAAGAAUUUGGAAUUGUCUCAAAGAAAACUGGGUUUUCAAAGGAGUUGUGUCUCAGGAUGGAGAUCAUCUUACCUAUGAACCUGCUGGACGAGCAAAAGUUUCUCCAAUGCUCCUCCCAACUGAACUAUGAUGUAUUCUCAGCGAAAAUGUUUGUCUUCUUUAAUGGCAGCUGCGAUGUGGAUGUUUAUGAGUUGAUGGCUGAUAAUCGACUCCUACAAUUGAUAUACGGCUGGGAAGUAUGCCACCUGCAAAAUAAGGAGCAGUUAAAUGAAGAGGCACUGCGUCAUGUGGUCAAAGUUUUGACCCAUUACUCGCUGCAGUUGCUCUUCAGCCGGGAAUGGACCAGCUGCUCGAAUAGUCUUAAACAAAUGUUGCUAUACUAUCUAAAUGUAGCCCGCCUGACUUUUGCCGAAAUUGCAAUGCUAAAAGAGGUCGACUGGCUAUAUAUAUUGAAUUUUCAUGCAAAACCAUGGAAUUUGCCAUAUCUGCAACAAUUGUUUGCCAACCUAAAGAACAACAAACAAAAGUCAAUAGAACAUGCGGUGCCUGCAGGCACUCCAGAAGAUAUUACAUUCUAUAAACAAGAGGGUCUUCAUUUGAUACUGUUGCGUCUUGUGCAACUGUUUAAUGCUGGAAAUUGGGAGGCCGUUAAGCAGUUUUCACUCCGAAUGAUGGCCGCUUGGCUCAAGGCCAAUGCUAAUACUAGUUUUGAGUCACUGCAAAGGGAUCAAACGGCCAUUGUUUUAAUUGGACAUCUCUAUCUAUUGACUGUCUUUGUGGCCGAUGAUAAUCGUGGCUAUGUCAUUGAUAAUAUGAUGUUCAACAUUGGCUUCUAUGCCCAGAGCAUGAAGGAUGCUCCCGUGGCUUAUGAUAUAACUUUCACACCAGCUCGUCUCAUUGCCCAGAUUUGUGUACUAUUGCGCUUGAGCAAGAGUGACUUCUUUAAGGAGAUUGUCUUUAAACAAUUUAACCUAAAUAUGGUCACCUCAUUUGCCGUCAUGUUAGAGGCCUAUACAAGUUAUGUGCUGGGCAAUCAAUUGCUGGAAAUAAUGGCUCUAAAUGAGAGUGAUUUUUUCACUCAGUGGCCGCAGUUUAAAAUUCUUAUGCAUCGUUAUGUAGAGGAGCGUGAGAGUAGCGAACGAUUUCUACUAAAUGAAUUACAGAAAUUCGAUUCACAAAACAAAAGUCAUGCCCCGCCACAUACGGUCGAUUUGAAUCUAAACUAUCAGCAACAGAUCUGCAAGGGGAAUCGAGCAAGUAAUAUUGGUAACUACAAGAACUGUGAUGAUGAUGAGAAGAAGCCGCUGCCAGAACUCGAUGAGGAAAUAGAUAGACAAAGUGAUCCUGUAUUCCAAAAUGUUCCCAAUAACGAGGAAGUUUUGAAAUUUGUCUAUCAGCUACUAGCUCAGCGUAAAUUUCGUGGCUGGCAGUUUGCUAAAAUUGUCUUAUUGCUAAAGAUAAUUGGUCAACAGCUGAAUGCCAUAGAAAUCUGGCGCUAUCAUCCAGGUCUAACCAUAGAUUUUAUGCUGAAUUUAGAGCAUGGUUUGUCGGAUAAUUAUGCCGCUCUGGCCAAAGAGUUCAAUGAGCAUGGCUUUAUGGAGGCCGAGUUCUGGCUAACUGCCUUCUAUCUGCAUCCCAUAUCCACCUAUUACAAUGAGGUGAAACGUUGCUCACGCAUCAAGAAGAAACGUCGAGAGGACGAGGAUUCCAGUAGAGCAGCGACCACAGCGGGGACACCAUUUAACGUGAAAUACGAGCUACUUAGCUCCACAAUCGAUGUAGAUGAAAUUGUGACCAUAACGAAUCAUGAUGCUCCAGUCGGGGACUAUGAUCCCAUUUAUCAGGCGCUUCUGGCACUGCGUUUGCCCCGUAGCGUUAUCAAAGAUCUCCUGACUGUGGCAUUUCAGCCGCGUAAUAAACGCUACUCCUGGGCUUUGGACUGGAAUAUCCUGCACGAGCGUUGCAGUGCGUUGCUAAAGAGCAAGGACUUGAAGAAUAAAUUUGUGGCUCUCAAUAUGGCCGAGGCCAAUGAUAAAUUGCAAUUUCUUCACAUUGACUAUGACAAGUAUAAAAAUCGUCCACAAUUGGACUACGGUAGCAUCGAGGAGGGCUAUGAGAAUGCCGCCAACUUGGCAGAGGCCGAGAAUGAAGUCAGCGCCGAUGAGGAGGAAGUGGAGGAAGCGGAAAAACCGCCACCACCUCCAACCAAACGACGACAUACACGUAAAUUCUGGGAUGAAGUUGUUUUCGAGGACGAAGAGGAGGAGGAACCGGCCUCGGAUGAGGGUGAUGAGAACUUUACAAUAAGUACUGGCCGACGGACUCGCAAACGUGCUGCUGCCAUGGUGGCCAAUGCCAUGAUCUCUGAUAUGGAUAGAAGCUUGCGCAGUGGUCGCAGAACUUCGCCUCCUGCUGAUACUCCAACCAAUGCGUCUCAAAGCGCCGCCUUAUCGACCGUGAUUAAGCAAGAGAAAACAUCCCGAACGCCUUCACCGACACAAGAAGCGGAGCAAAAAUAUUUGCCGCCACCAGCAAAACGUUCGUUUGUCGAGUUACUGGAAGCCCGAACCAAAUAUAGCAAUGAGACCACCGGAUUUAAGGCAUUCGCCGACAUCUGGAGCUAUGAGACUAACGAACUGAAGAAUGUGGAAAAUAAUGGUGAUGAUGGUGGGAAUCUAUUGAUGGAAAGCAGUUCAUUGCUUAGUAAAUUUAAGAGACUUCAAAAUUUGAAGAAGUUAACAAAAAUAAAACCACCACCACCUCCAAGUCCAGUCCCAGCACCAGUCCCAGCACCAGUCUCUGCAACAGUCCCAGCACCAGCUCCUGUCCAAGUUCCAUUACCCACUCCAACAAAUCCAGUUCCAGCACUCGACCAAGAAGUCAUUGUAAAACAGGAACGUCGUGAUUCAUCUAGCAUCUCGGAUGCAGAUCAGAGUGCUGGUCAAUUAAGUAUGCACGAUUCCAAUGAUGAUGAGUCUAGAGAGUCCCAAGAGAAGGCUAAGGUGGUGGUCAUAAAACAAGAGUUGAUCAGUGACUCUAGUGAGUCCCAAGAGAAGGCUGAGGUGGCCAUAAAACAAGAGUUGAUCGAAGAAUCGAUUAAUCAUCCACCUUUGGAAGAGAAAGAGAGAUCCCAACAAGCGCAGGCGGAUACUUGCGAAUUUAAUCUUGAUCUCCAACUACAUCGGCAACUUGUACUGGAAUGUCUCAAUCGUCAAGUAAGCGUUCGUCUGAAUCGUCUCACUGCCAACGAUAUACAGCCAUUGCGUGACUUUCGUGUGUGCGUUAAACGCCUGUCGAUGCAGGACAUUCAGAGGCGGAUCAAACGCAAGCCGAGUCGCAGUCCCACCAAUGAUAAUAAUUCGUCUGCAAGUAAUUCAUCAGAACAAUCGCAAUAUGGAAUCAUGAAGCGCAAGAGAUUUGUCCAUGUAACAUCCGAUUCGCCGGGCAAGUUAUUUCGACCUGCUUUUAGGCAUAUUACCUCGGACUCGUCAAACGAUAUGGACGAACCAACGCGCGGAUAUACAACAGCUCGUGGAAUGCGUACUAUACGCGGACGUGGUCGUGGUGGAGGCGGUGGCGGUGGCCGCGGAGGACGUGGUGUACGAGGAAAUGGUGGCCGUGGCGGUGGUGUUCGCGGUGGACGCGCCGCUAAUCGUGCCGUCCAGGCUAGUGGAGGACGUGGUGCUGUUGGUCGAGGCUUACCAAUACAGGAGCCAGGAUCGGGAACUGGCCAGUCGCCAGAUGUUAUUGAAUUAUCCUCCGAUUCGUCUUUAUCACAAUUCAACACUCAGGUGGUCGAAUUUGAUCCACUAUAUGAGGAGGAAAUUGUUCCCUUUUAAGAUGCAUUGCCCUAGGGCCGCCCCACCCCCUCUCCCUCCGUAUGCACACUCUCUACGUGCUCGGAACGAAUGGAAGCAGUCAGGGGUUGCUUACAGAGAGAGAGAGAGAGAGAGAGAGGAACAAAAUUGAAUUUGCUUCGGUUGUUAGAAUGCAAUUAGCCCGAGGCACACACUCCCAUACACGCAUUCACACACUCACACAUUUAAUAUUUACUUUGCUUUACAAUACUCCUGGAAAUCAUAUAAAUUCAUCCAUUUAUGUAUAUAUAUCAGGACUCUGCGUGUGUGUGUGUGUACAUCUGUUUAUACGGAAACAAGAUUUCUACGCCUAAAGGCCACUACUGAAGAAUUGGGUUGACAUUGGUCCAACCACUUUAUAAUUAACUAUAUAAUUGAUAUGCAUUAGCGCAUUCAAGGAACAGCUACUGAAAUUGGUCACACGUGUCGGAUGAGCAGCACUUGAAAUGGCUAAGGCUAUCAACAAACACGUGGCGGCUCCUCUCAUUUCUGAUAUCCAUAAAAAGUGAGUAUGAUAACCAAGAUUAUGAUGAUGAUGAUGAUGACGGUGGCCGUAUAUAAUCGAUUUACUGGACGAUUUAUUGAAACCAUUUAAACGGUUUACCAUUGAUCUAUAUACAUAUUCAUAACCAAUUGCCACAAAUGCAAUCCAUUCAACAUUCACUAUACACAUAUAUAGUUAAUGAGCUAUUUGAAAAGUUCUCUUACUAUUUUAAGCAAGUAUUAAAAUUAUUAGCAUUAAUUUUUAGAUUUACAAAUAAACAAAACCAUCAGAUUAAAGCCAAAAAUGCCUCAAACAAAGCCAAUAAAAAAACAAUUUUAAAUCAAAGUCGACGUUUGGCUAGAUAGUAUAUAACUUUCUUAUCAUCACCUUAACUCAUUUCUCUUCUCCUGUCACAUAAUGAACUUAGAAAUAAAUGGAAAGUAUAGUAGUCCGAUGGAAAUUGAGAAUUUUAGGUAAAGUUUAGUUCGUCGGAAAUAAAUUAACAACUUUAAAUAAAUCAAACCUUAACGGAUCGAAA